UUUGAUUCUUCCCGGGAGGGGCUGUGACACCUUCCAAUUUCCUUGGGUCUUACUUUUGAUCUUCCUCGCUCGGCGUCAACGUGUUCCGGGGCGGGGACGGCGCAGCGGGGCUCCGCCGGCAGCGCAGGAGUUCGCCGCGGCAGCCGCGCUCCGCGUGGACCCGAUGGCGCUGCCGGGGGCUCGGCUGGUGGCCCCGCUCCUCCUGCUUCUCCUCCCGGGGCCGGGCGCCGGAGCCUGUAGAAGCAGCGGGUGUUGUUUUCAGGACCCACCAUAUCCGGAUGCAGACUCAGGUGCGGCCACAGGCCCCCGGGAUCUGAGCUGCUAUAGGGUUUUCAGUGCCGGCUACGAGUGCUCCUGGAGGUACGAGGGCCCCCCGGCCGGGGUCAGCCACUUUCUGAGGUGCUGCCUCCGCCCUGGGCGCUGCUGCUACUUCUCCGCGGGCUCGGCCACCAGGCUGCAGUUCUCCGACCAGGACGGCGUGUCCGUGCUCUGCACCGUCACGCUCUGGGUGGAGUCCCGGGUCGUGAACCGCACCGAGAAGUCGCCAGAGGUUACUCUGCAGCUCUACAGCCUGGUCAAGUAUGACCCUCCCCUGGGGGACAUCAUGGUGUCCGAGGCCGCGGGGCAGCUGCGGUUGGAGUGGGAGACCCCAGCCCGCCAGGACGGGGCCGAGGUGCAGUUCCGGCACCGGACGGCCGGCAGCCCAUGGAAGUGGGGCAGCUGUGGACCUCAGGGAGACGCCGGCUUAGAAUCCUGCCUCAGCCACCUGGACGCGGACCUGGCCCAGGAAUUCCAGCUGCGACGGCGACAGCUCGGGCACCAGACUCCAGGGGGUCCCUGGAGCAGCUGGAGCAGCCCCGUGUGUGUCCCUGCUGCACACCCCCCGCAGCCCGAGGUGACCUUCUCGGUGGAGCCGCUCGACCCGGACGGGAGGAGGCAGCUGACUCUGCAUGGGCAGCUGCCACAGCCCGAGCUUCCGGAAGGCUGCCGUGGGCCGCCGUCGGGCGCGGAGGUGACCUACCACCUCCACCUGCACAUGCUGUCCUGCCCGUGUCAGGCCAGGGCCUCGCGGACCCUGCGCCUCAGGAGAAGGCUCGUCCUCUCGGGUGCCGCCUACGACGUGGCCCUCGUCUCCUGGACCCGCUUCGGCCCCGGCCCCAACCGGACGGUGCACAUCCCAGCCGCUGCCCACACAGAGCCGGGACCCCUGAAUGUCAGCGUCGGGGCCCAGGGGACCUGCGUGCACUGGCCAGCCUGGGGCCCAGGCAUGACCUACUGCGUUGAGUGGCAGCCCCAGGGCCAGGCUGGGCCCCGCACCACCUGCGCCCUCAGCACGCCCCAGCCUGGAGGAGCAGGAGGCACUCACAGCUGGUGCCAAGCGCCCAGGACGAUGGAGCAGGAGGUCUGCUACCGCCUCAGUGUGUUCGCCUCUACCCACCCGGACAAGCCCACCUCAUGGUCCACGGUCCUGUCCGCCUAUCACUUUGCAGGCAACGCCUCGGGGGCCGGGACCCCGCGCCGCGUCUUGGUGGACAAGCAUGGGGCGGACUCGGUGGCUGUGCGCUGGACGCCGUCCCUGCUGGCCUCUUGCCCCAGCGUCCUGACUGGCUAUGUCGUGCGCUGCCGGGACGAGGACGGUCACUGGUUCACAGAGCGCCCUGUGGAGUCUGCCGAGACUCGGGUAAUCCUUGGCGGCCUGAGGCCUGGCCUUGUCUACACGGUGCAGGUCCGUGCAGACACGGCCUCCUUGGGGGGCACCUGGAGCGAGCCCCAGCGGUUCAGCCUUGAGGUCCGUGUGUCCAGUUCGUCCGUCCUGCUGGCAUCACUGGGGAGCUUUGUCAGCAUCCUUCUGCUCGGCGUCCUUGGGUACCUCGGCCUCAGCAGGGCUGCCCGACGUCUGUGCCCGCCCCUGCCCACACCCGGUGCCAGCACUGCCAUCGAGCUCCCCAGCAGCCUGGGGAAGCAGGCCUUGGAAUGGGCCCUCCUGGAGGACUUCCCAGAGGAGGCAGCUGCAUCAGAGGCCCUGGUCGUGGAGCCAUCCUGGGACCAAGGCAAGGGGGCCAUGCUGGACACAGCAGGGCCCCUCCCAGAGAGGAUGGUGCUGGGGCUGCCCGGACACCCCGAGGCCGAGGGUCUGAGGCCCAGCAGGCAGAACCACCCUGCCGGGGCGGCCAGACUCCCGCUACUGCUGGGGGAACUGCUGCAGACCCCCGGCCGCGGCCACCCUCAGCCUGGGGGCCCGGAGGCCUGAGGGAGAAGCGGGGAUGGCACAGCAGGGACAGCACAGCGGAGAAGGUCAUGACACUCAUGGCCUCCCCAGCCCCAUGGGCUGAACCUCCAUUCUGCGAGGGACCGGGGCUGCUCAGUUCGACAGAUGUGGUCCCUGCGGCCCAGAGAGGGUGAGUGACUUGCCUGGAGCCACACAGCGCAGGCCGGGGGCCCACCUGGACCCAGAGGCCCCACAGCCCCGGGUGCACCCCUCUCUGACCUCCCCAGUCCAGCAACUGUUUCGACACAUCCUGGAGAGGGAACCCUUGAAACCGCCACCACACGGAAGCUGCCAUGCCCAGGCCAGGCCUGAUGUCCUCCGCAGGCAGGGGGCGGGGCCACGCUACUAUCAACCCGUUUUGGGGUGGAAUAGACUGGGGCAGGGGGUUCUGCUCAGCAUUGGGUUUACCCCAGGGCCUGGAGUGCUGCUGCAUCGCAGGCUGGGAAGCCUCUUCCAGGAGCACUGAACAGGGAGUCCAGGAAUCCCCACCACAGCACGGGGUCUGCAGGCUGGGGGGGUCCAGCUGUGGGGAAUGAAGGGGGACUCUGGACAGUCUGGGGGAGGUGACAGCCCCUCCCUGGCCUCUGUCUCCUCCUCUGUGAGAUGGGCUGCUAGUAACCCUGACGUCACAGGGCUGGUGGGGAACGAAGGGCUAAUAAAUGUGCCUCCCUCCAGGCCUCUUUCCCUGGC